GUUCUGUCAGUUGAUCUGUUCUCGCAUUGUAGCAAAUUGGCUAUCUUACUCUCGGCAUUACGCCAUGUUCCCGGACACGUUGAUAGAUAUUACAGACUGCAGGCUACGUCCGACACGGCAUCAAAUCCAUGAUGCAUCCUCGGGUGAUAUAGACACAGGUAGCCUACUGUGAUUUUGCAAUCAACUAUGAUCUCAUCAUCUGCUCUUUCAACUCGGACACCUAUAACAUCAAAGCUACCAAUACAGUCGCAGACAUGGCAAUUCAGGUCGCGGUCUAUUUAUGUCGUCCAAUCCCAACCGGCCUCGUCUCGCCCGACCCAUCGUCCAAAGACUCGGGCUACUGGUCACCGCUCUGCUGCACGCUGAUAUACACCCCUACCACCGCCGUUCUGGUAGACUGUCCUCCGAGCGUGGAUGCGACAAAUGAGCUGGCAUCGUGGGUUCGAUCUACGCUGCCACCUGGCUGUGUCCUGAAGCACUUCGUCGCAUCGCAUGCACACGGAGAUCACUUUUUUGGAUUCCCUGUCCUGAAGACCACCUUCCCAAACGUCUCGGCCACCGGAACCAAGAGCGUUGUCGAGGGUAUUGCGCAGCAAUACUCUGCCCAAACCUACAAAGAGAUUUGGGAGGGGACUUUCCCUCCCAGCAAAACAGCAGGCACUGGCAUGCCCGAGGCGAAGGCCGAGUUCGUGUCCCUGCCACCGUCUAACGAAAUCGACCUGGACGGCCACCUCGUCAAGGCCUACGACGUGCCGCACGGAGAUACGCAUGCCAACUCCUACCUCCACGUGCCCGACCUAGGGCUCGUUGUCGCGAGUGACAUUGUAUACAACGGCGACUGUCACCAGUGGCUCGGCGAGGCGGACACGCAAGAAAAACGGAAUGGAUGGAUGGAGGCAGUGGCGCAGAUCGAGGCGCUGAAGCCGCGGAUGGUCGUCCCCGGGCAUACGUUCGAGCCCAUGUCGGAGCCAGAUGAGGCGGUUGCGAUGUCGAUGCUGAAAGGCACGAAGGACUACGUCAAGGGUUUCGAGGAGGAACUGGAGAAGGCAGGAAGCAAGGACGAGUUGUUCAAUGCAAUGAGGACUCGCUUCUCGAGAUGGAACCUGUGGAUCCUGAGCGCGGGAUGUCGCGCUGGGAUCCUAUUCAAGCAGUCUACAAGUGCCGCAGGGCGCGGGUAGUUGGCCACGCAUUAUCUUGGUAGGCCUGAGGUUUUCUCCUCUUCCUUCCUAAGACGUCCAAGUGAUGAGAAAGAAGCUAGGCCCUCACAUUUUUUUGUUCGAGAAACAACACAAUAGCAAACUCUCCUGUUCCGCAGUCUCAGUCGGAAGAAUAAUUUCUCUUGGGGAUGGAGUGCCAUGUUGUCCAAGAAAAGACACAGGUGACGAGUAAGACUCCGAGACAGGCGCCGGCGACUGUAGUCAAUAGAGGUAACUGGUCCCUUUCUGAUGUGACGGCGCGCUGUAUGAGAGCAGGAUUGGUGCAAAUUGUAGGGUGUUUUGGUAAGCGGCGUAACAAUACAGCUUCACGAACUCCUUUUUGCUGAUAAAUCAGUGUUGCGUGCAAGACG